AUGCAAGUUUACACAGAGCUCACGGCUCCCACAGCCGUUACGCAAUGCCUGAGCUUACCUCUAACAUCUGCUACCGCGAACAACUUGGUGGUCGCAAAGGGCUCUCUGCUACAGAUCUUCACGGUCAAGGCUAUCUCGGCCGAGCUUGACCCCGAAUUCCAGCCCAGCCAACCGACUGAGACGGAUACGCGGUUUGACCGCCAGGUAAAUGAUGACGAUGGCCUCGAAUCCUCCUUCCUCGGCGGCGAGUCGAUGUUUAUGCGAACCGAUCGGACGAACAAUACGAAGUUGGUGCUCAUCGCAGAGAUUCCACUCGCAGGAACUGUCAUUGGGCUGGCAAGGAUGAAGACCAAAAACACCGCAUCGGGGGGUGAGGCUCUGUUGCUGGCAUACAAGGCGGCCAAGAUGUGUCUGGCCGAAUGGGAUCCGAAGAAGAACGAGCUGGAGACCAUCUCCAUCCACUAUUAUGAGAAGGAAGAGCUGCAGGGAUCACCAUGGGAGGAAGUCUUUGGGGAGUAUGUUAACUACCUUGAGGCAGACCCUGGUAGUAGAUGUGCCGCAUUCAAAUUCGGCACUCGAAACCUUGCCAUUCUGCCGUUUACUCGCUCUGAAGAGGAUCUGGAGAUGGAGGACUGGGACGAGGAUCUAGACGGGCCUCGGCCAGUUAAAGAACAUACCGCAGCUACCAACGGAGAGGGCAACAAUGUAGAUGCAGCUUAUACCCCGUCUUUUGUCUUGCGUCUGCCCCUCCUAGACCCGAGCCUGCUUCACCCUGUACACCUCACUUUUCUGCAUGAGUAUCGCGAGCCCACAUUCGGUGUCCUCUCUUCCAGUCAAGCGCCUGCUUCUUCACUAGGCUCAAAAGACCACCUAUCGUACAAAGUGUUUACUCUAGACCUACAACAGAGAGCAUCGACAACCAUUUUAUCAGUGACUGGCCUGCCGCACGAUCUUUACAAAGUCAUCGCACUGCCUGCUCCUGUUGGCGGUGCUUUACUGGUUGGGCAGAAUGAGCUGAUCCAUGUUGACCAAUCUGGAAAAGCAAAUGGCGUGGCUGUCAAUCCUAUGGCCAAGCUGGCAACAUCCUUUAACUUGACCGACCAAUCAGACCUGAAUUUGCGCCUUGAAAGCUGUGCUAUUGAGUUGCUCGCCAUCGAAAAUGGCGAGUUACUUUUAAUAUUAAACGAUGGUCGACUGGGCAUAGUCUCUUUCAAGAUUGAUGGACGAACGGUAUCUGGUCUUGGCGUCAAGCUGGUGGGCGCAGAUUGCGGUGGCGAUAUCAUCAAGAGUAGAAUCACAUGUAUUUCUCGACUAGGCAAGAAUGCGUUCUUCCUGGGGAGUGAAACGAGCGAUUCAGUCGUGCUAGGAUGGUCGAGAAAGCAGACGCAAGAAAAGCGCAGGAAAUCUCGACUGCUCGACACAGAUUUAGCUUUGGAUGUGGAUGACCUUGACCUUGAGGACGAUGAAGAGGACGAUGACUUAUACGGAGAUGACUCUGCUAUCACUAAACCCAACCAAACGGCCAACGGGGGAUCGGUCAAAUCCGGGGAUAUAUCUUUUCGAAUACACGACACUUUACUCAGUAUUGCACCGAUUCAAGACAUCGCAUGUGGACAAUCCGCCUUUUUGCCAGAUAGCGAAGAAGCCGCUCUAAAUAAAGGGGUCUCGGCUGACUUGCAGCUUGCUUGUGCUGUUGGGCGUGGAGAAGCAGGCUCUAUCGCAGUUAUCAACCGGGAGAUCCAACCCAAAGUUAUUGGCCGAUUCGAGUUUCCGGAAGCCAGAGGGUUUUGGACGAUGUGUGUAAAGAAACCAGUUCCGAAAUCACUGGGCACGAAUGCCGGGGUAGCGGGCGAUUACGACACUCCUAUUCAGCAUGACAAGUUCAUGAUUGUUGCCAAGGUCGAUCUGGAUGGCUACGAAACCUCUGACGUAUAUGCACUCACAGCUGCGGGCUUUGAGACGCUGAAAGAGACGGAAUUUGAGCCGGCUGCUGGAUUUACGGUUGAGGCUGGCACAAUGGGAAAUCAAAUGGUAGUGAUCCAGGUGCUCAAAUCGGAAGUUCGGUGCUACAACGGAGAUCUGGGCUUGAUCCAGAUUUUACCCAUGCUUGACGAAGAAACCGGCGCGGAACCCCGUGCCGUCAGUGCAAGUAUCGUUGACCCCUACUUGCUCAUCAUUCGUGACGAUGCAAGUGUUUUCCUCGCACAAAUCGACAGCAACAAUGAGAUUGAGGAGAUUGAGAAGACCGAUAGUGGUCUUACAUCCACAAAGUGGGCGGCGGGGUGCAUAUACAAGGAUACCAAGGGCGUCUUUCAGGCAAAUCAGAGCGAUCAAGCCAAGAAACCAGGUGAAGAGGUCAUGAUGUUCUUGCUCAAUACCGCUGGAGCUCUGCAUAUAUACGCAUUGCCGGAUCUCUCAAAGCCUGUCUAUGUAGCUGAGGGACUCUCAUCCAUACCCCACCAUCUCUCAGCCGAUUAUGUGGCCAAGAAAGUAGCCUCACGAGAAGCCCUGACGGAACUCGUCGUGGCAGACCUUGGAGAUACCGUCUACUGUUCUCCUUAUCUGAUUCUGCGUCACUCUACCGAUGAUCUCACCAUUUACGAGCCCAUUCGCCUGCCCACUGAUUCAGCUACUCACACCUUAUCGGACACCCUCUUCUUCAAAAAAUCGGCGAAUUCUGCCUUAGCCAAGAGCACCGUAGAGGAUUCAUUAGACGACACCGCACAGCAGCCACGCUAUGUUCCCCUGAGAAUCUGCGCAAAUGUGGGAGGCUACAGUACCGUGUUCCUCCCGGGACCUUCGCCAGCGUUCGUAUUGAAGAGCAGCAAAAGCGUUCCCAGAGUGAUUGGAGUUCAAGGCCUUGGUGUUCGCGGCAUGAGCACUUUCAACACCGAAGGCUGCGAUAGGGGUUUCAUCUACUCAGAUUCCGAGGGCAUUGCUAGAGUUACACAGCUGCCGAGCAAAACUAAUUUUACAGAGCUGGGCGUCUCGGUUAAGAAGGUCCCAUUAGGAAACGACGUCCGCCACGUUGCCUAUCAUCAUCCCACUGAAACGUAUAUAGCGGGCUGCGCUGUGACUGAAAGCUUUGAGCUGCCAAAGGAUGACGAUUAUCACAAGGAGUGGGCCAAAGAAUCGCUCUCCUUCCAGCCUUCAACAGUCAGGGGAAGCCUCAAGCUCAUCAGCCCCGUCACAUGGACUGUUAUUCACUCAAUCGACAUGGAGCCCGGCGAGUCCAUUGAAUGCAUGAAGACCUUGCAUCUCGAAGUAUCAGAGGAGACAAAGGAACGCAGAAUGCUUCUGGCAGUGGGCACUGCCCUGACAAGGGGCGAAGAUCUCCCCACCCGAGGCCGCGUACAGGUUUACGACAUUGUAACCGUCAUUCCCGAGCCGGGAAAACCAGAGACGAACAAGAGACUCAAGCUUCUGGCCAAAGAGGAUAUCCCCCGCGGCGGCGUGACGGCUUUGUCUGAAAUUGGCACUCAAGGCCUCAUGCUGAUGGCGCAAGGCCAGAAAUGCAUGGUGCGUGGUCUAAAGGAAGAUGGCUCAUUACUUCCCGUAGCUUUCCUAGACAUGAGCUGCCACGUAGCAUCGGCACGGGAAUUGCCCGGCACCGGCUUGUGUCUGAUAGCAGACGCAUUUAAGGGAUUGUGGUUUGCUGGAUACACCGAGGAGCCGUAUACUUUCAAGGUGCUCGGCAAGAGUAGCGGGUCCUUGCCACUGCUGGUGGCAGAUUUUCUCCCAGAUGGUGAAGAUUUGUCCAUGGUUGCUGUGGAUGCGGAUGGCGAUAUCCAUGUUCUCGAAUUCAACCCAGAACAUCCCAAAUCCCUUCAGGGCCAUCUCUUGCUUCACCGCACCACCUUCAGCGUAACCCCCAGCCCUCCCACAUCUACUCUCCUCCUCCCACGCACUCUUCCCGCGUCCCAAUCCGCCGCGGCCUCACAAGACUCUUCCACCCCACAGCCUCACAUCCUCCUCCUCGCCUCCCCAUCAGGCUCUCUAGCCGCUCUGACGCCCCUCCCCGAAUCGGCAUACAGGCGGCUCCUCUCCGUCACAAACCAGCUCUUACCGGCCCUCGUCCCCCACGGCGGCCUGCACGCCAGAGCACACCGCGCUCCCGAGGGUGGAGGCGGCAUGUCGCGUAUGGUCGGCGUCGAAACUGCCGCGUCUGGCCGCGCUAUUGUCGACGGCGCCAUCUUGACUCGGUGGAAUGAGCUGGGCGCCGCGAAGAGGGCCGAGGUGGCGAGCAGGGGCGGAUAUGAUAGCGUGAUGGAGUUGAGGGAGGAUUUGGAGGCUGUGUUGGGAUGGACCGGGCUUGCGUAUAUUUGA